CGUCUCUGACGGAAGGCAGGCCGACUUUCCAGUACGCGGCUCGUGUGCACGAGGUAAACACGGCUCCUAUGGCAAUUAGAAUGGAAUGAUACGUGGGGAAGCUCUCUCUCUCCCGGCCUCUCUCAGUCACUAUGUACGGUUUUGUGAAUUACGCCCUCGAGCGGCUGAUUGUGAAGACGUUUGGCAGCGAGACGUGGGAGGCGAUAAAGAAAGAUGCAUCGGUUAACAUGGAGGGCCAGUUUCUGGUGCGCCAGAUCUACGAAGACGAGAUCACGUACAACAUCAUAUCGGCGGCUGUCCAGCGGCUCAAUAUCCCGGCGCACGAGAUCCUCGAGCUGUUCGGCCGAAUGUUCUUCGAGUUCUGCCAGGACUCCGGCUACGACAAGAUCCUCCAGGUGCUGGGAGCAACGCCUAGGGACUUCUUGCAGAAUUUGGACGCCCUUCACGAUCAUUUAGGCACUUUGUAUCCGGGAAUGAGGGCGCCCUCUUUCCGAUGCACCGAGAGGCCAGAAGACGGGGCGCUCAUAUUACAUUAUUACUCCGACCGACCUGGUUUGGAGCAUAUCGUCAUUGGCAUCGUUAAGACCGUGGCGAAAAAACUUCACGGCACGGACAUAGAGAUGCAGAUACUGAAGACGAAGGACAACGAGUGCGACCACGUGCAAUUCAUGAUAACGAACACCUCCGGGCCAGGUGUCGUGUCGAAUCCCAUGAUGGCCGAACAAGAGACUCUCUCCGUCGAACCGAAAGUGAGCCCCAUGACGUUCUGCCGAGUAUUCCCGUUCCAUCUGAUGUUCAACAGAGAUCUCGACAUCGUUCAGACAGGAUGCACCAUAACCCGUGUCAUUCCCCAAGUGAGAUCCGGUAAUUGCAAGCUGAACGACAUCCUUCUAACAGUCAGACCUCACCUAGAGCUGACAUUCGAGAACAUAUUGUCGCACAUAAACACCGUGUACGUGCUGCGGACGAAGAAGGGAGUGAUGCAAAUGCACGCGCCCGAGGACUACUCGUAUUUGCGCUUAAAAGGACAAAUGUUGUACAUACCGGAGUCGGAUUUCGUAAUUUUCCUGUGUUACCCGAGCGUGAUGAAUUUGGACGAUUUAACCAGGCGGGGCCUCUACCUGAGCGACAUCCCUCUUCACGACGCCACCAGAGAUCUCGUACUGAUGUCGGAGCAAUUCGAGGCUGAUUACAAAUUAACGAGGAACCUGGAAUGGCUUACCGAUAAAUUGCAGCAGACGUAUCACGAGCUCGACGGAGAGAAGCAGAAGACCGACAGGUUGUUGUACUCGGUGCUGCCAAUUUCCGUGGCGAACGAGCUCAGACAUUCCAGACCGGUCCCAGCGAAGAAGUACGACUGCGUGACGCUGUUGUUCUCCGGAAUCGUCGGUUUCGGGGCGUACUGCGCUGCGCACACCGACUCCAGCGGCGCUAUGAAGAUCGUGAAUAUGCUCAAUCAACUGUACACCGCGUUCGACGUGCUAACCGACCCGAAGAAGAAUCCGAACGUCUAUAAGGUCGAAACUGUUGGUGACAAAUACAUGGCCGUGAGCGGAUUACCGGAACCAUGUCGUUGCCAUGCACGAUGCAUCGCCCGGUUGGCACUGGAUAUGAUGGAUCUCGCCGCGGACGAAGUGAAGAUCGAUGGCGAGCCGGUGAAAAUCACCAUCGGGAUCCACAGCGGCGAGGUCGUAACUGGAGUAAUUGGCCACCGCAUGCCUCGUUACUGCCUGUUUGGGAACACGGUGAACCUGACCAGCCGAACGGAGACCACUGGCGAGCCCGGCAAAAUAAACGUCUCCGAAGACGCGUACAGGUACCUGUGCAUGCCCGAGAACCAGGACCCACAAUUCCUACUGGAGUACAGAGGACCCGUGACGAUGAAGGGAAAGUCGGAGCCCAUGAACGUGUGGUUCCUCUCCAGGGAAACGACGCUGGGCCCGUAAAUCCGCUAUGACCGACGUCAUCGUAGCAAUACUCUUAAGACUCGAAACUGGCUCUAGAUGAACGUUCAGAUUUUUAUGGUUCCGGUACACCGCGAAUAAUUAUACAUACGUAAACGAGAACGCGAACCUAGAUUCGAAAGCUUCGCACCUACGUUUUAUAACUCUUACUUCUGAGACCAUUUAACCCUUUGACCUGAUGACGGACCAUAUACAUGUACGCGACAGCGACGCGGGGCCAGUAUGACUCGCGGCGAAACAUUUAGCCUCGUAGCACGGAGAAGGGCAUUUUUGUUUGAAGAUAUUAGAGAUAUAUUUAUAAACGUGACAGUUGAUGAUUCCAGCUGUCACGUCAAUGGGAAACAACGCGGUUCGUUCGUUCGCGACGGAUCGAAUCGAGUCAAGCUGACCCCGCAUCCGGGUUAAGCUUCGAUUUCAUCAAAACAUUCCGGAAACGUUGCAUUCCAUUAUACUCCGUGGCGUUCGCAAACGGUGGCCUACUUCAAUCGUUGCGACGCUCGAAUACUCACACGACGAACUCGAUCGGCCGUUUCAAUUCCCGGCGGGAAGCUUCUCGAAUAAGUAUUAAGCAAUAAAAUUGACCGAGUGAUUCGUUGAUACUUCCGGAUAUUAAUGGAUUCGUUGAGUAGUGAAUAAUCUUCCAUUACCAGCUAUUGGUACUUCUACUUCUCUUCCUUUAUUCUAAUUUCUCGAGGUGUCUUCUGGUCGGCUCUCCAUAAAUUCAAUGUCCGCGUAACGAGCGCUCUGUCGGAAGAAGAAUCGCCGGUGUUGUGUCUUCCUGAUGAAAAAAAAGGGAAAAUUCCUCGAAAUCGAGAACGAGCUGUAUAACUACUAUUAGUUCGAGUUCGAUCCUCUAAACCAGAAGACACCUCGUUAACAAGAGUAAUCGGCAAUGUCUGGGCACAACCGAUGAAACAUUGACUUUCUCGAUUGGUGUACAACUGUGUCGGGUCAGCCGCGGAUCCGAGAUUCUUUUCACCUGUAUGUCCAAUAGGCGAACGCCGCCUCGGCGCGAGGUCCCCGACUCGGCGGCGUGUUUACCAAUUGUAAAUGUAAGAGGCAAUCAAAUAUAAGUGUCACUGAUACGACCGAGUG